AUGUCGGGUUCGGAGGGGAGAUCGGCGGUGACGUCAGAGAAUCGGUCUCCGACGCCACUGCUAUACCGGCGGCAUUCAAACGGAGCAAAUGAGAUGAGAAACCUGGCGUCGAUAUCGAGCAGUUUGUUGCCUGCUUUUGGUACAGUUGUGGGGGAACAAAGCACUCUCAAUCUCAAUAGAUUUGUUAUUGCUCCUUAUGACAGAAGAUAUAGGUGGUGGCAAACCUUUCUGGUGGUGCUUGUGGUGUACUCAGCUUGGGCAUCUCCAUUCGAGCUGGCUUUUCGUAAAAUGUCGACAAGUGCACUCAUGCCCAUCGACUUAGUGGUUGAUGCCUUCUUUGCUGCAGACAUCAUCCUCACCUUUUUUGUCGCAUAUCUCGACAAAUCAACUUAUUUGCUGGUCGAUGAUCAUAAGAAAAUAGCCUUGAGGUACAUUACACAUCUAUGGUUCCCAAUGGAUGUGGCCUCUACUUUGCCCUUCCAAACAAUAUACAGUAUUUUGACUGGGAAAAUGCACAGGGGUGAUGUCUUUGGCUUUCUCAACUUGCUCAGGCUGUGGCGGCUUAGGCGUGUCAGUGAAUUUUUCUCUAGGUUAGAGAAGGACACUCGCUUCAGCUACUUCUGGACAAGAUGCUUCAAACUCAUAUGUGUGACCGUAUUUGCGGUGCACACAGCGGGUUGCUUCUACUUCUGGUUGGCCACGCAUUACCGGGUCUCAGACGACACAUGGAUAGGUGCAGGAAUGCCCGAUUUCAAGACACGCAGCGUAUGGUUAGGUUACACCUACUCCAUGUACUGGUCCAUCGUCACCCUCACAACAACUGGUUAUGGGGAUUUGCAUGCAGAGAACACGGGUGAGAAGCUCUUCUCCAUCUUCUACAUGCUCUUCAACAUCGGCCUCACGGCAUACUUGAUUGGGAACAUGACCAAUCUCAUAGUCCACACUUCUAUUCGCACAUUCGCCAUGAGGGAUGCCAUCUACGAGAUCCUACGUUAUGCGAGCAAGAACAUGCUUCCAGAUGGCCUAAAGGACCAAAUGCUAGCACACAUAACGCUUAAAUUCAAGACUGCCGAACUUCAGCAAGAAGAAGUGCUUCAGGACUUGCCUAAGGCUAUAAGAUCCAGCAUUGCUCAGCAUCUCUUUCGCUCCAUUGUGGAAAAUAGCUACCUUUUCAAAGGAGUCUCUGAAGACUUGAUUGUUCAGUUGGUACCUGAGAUGAGAGCUGAAUAUUAUCCACCCAAAGUGGAUAUAGUGAUACAAAAUGAGAUCCCAACAGAUUUCUACAUUAUAGUAUCUGGAGCAGUGGAUGUGCUGACAUACAAAAACGGAAUGGAGCAGUUCGUGACAAAAUUAGAGUCUCCAGCUAUGUUUGGGGAAAUUGGGGUGAUCUUAAAUAUACCCCAGCCUUUCACGGUGAGAACAAAGCGGCUUUCUCAGGUCAUCCGGAUAAGUCACAAUCAUUUUAAGCAAUUAGUGGAGCCACUUCGUGAAGAUGGGAAGAUAAUCGUCUCAAACUUUCUUCAGCAUUUGAAAGGCUUAAAGGAUGACGAGGUAAAGGAGAUGCCAUUUGUCACAGAUUUGCUACAUGAAACAAAUGUUGAGGCUAUGGCAUCAACAGAGGACCUUCAAAAUCGUGAGGGACCAAGCCAAGAAGCAAACAGAAGCGCAAGAGUUCAUACACCAGCCAAGCUACCUAUAAGGGUGGUACUCCACGGGUAUCAUCCAGAUACGAAACCAAACAAAGAAGACGGGGGACGACUUGCCCAUCUUCCAGACUCAAUAGAAGAUUUACUGACAUUAGCAGAGAAAAAGCUCGGGCAAAAAGGAUCCAAAAUUCUGAUGGCUGAUGGUUCUGAAGUGGAAGACAUAAAUGCUCUGAGAGAAAACGAUCAUUUGUACAUUUUUUAG